AUGGCGAAGAUGGCUUCUGCAAUCCAAAUUUGGACCUUCUUCUUGAUCUGCAUUUUUUCAUGUACAACCAAUUCCAUGGACUUCAAUUACCCUGCAGUUUUCAACUUUGGGGACUCCAAUUCCGACACAGGUGGACUUGUUGCUGGCCUUGGUGAUUCCCUUUUAUCACCAAAUGGUGAAACUUACUUCAAGAAACCAGCUGGGAGGUUCUGUGAUGGCCGUUUGAUCAUUGAUUUCUUGAUGGAUGCAUUUGAUCUUCCAUACCUGAAUCCUUAUUUGGAUGCGAUUGGUGCACCAAGCUUCAAAUCGGGUUGCGAUUUCGCUGCGGCAGCUAGUACUAUUCUGCCUGCAACAGCUUCAUCUCUUAGUCCAUUCUCAUUUGGGGUUCAAGUUGCUCAGUUUAUCAGGUUCAAGAACAGAGUUCUUGACCUUCAGCCCAAAGGAAAGAAGAAAUCAGACAAGUACAUUCCGGGCGCUGAUGUUUUUCAGAAGGCGCUUUACACUUUUGAUAUAGGCCAGAAUGAUCUCGCUGGUGCAUUUUACUCCAAGUCAUUUGAUCAAAUUGUGGCAUCAAUUCCAAAUAUUUUGACAGAAUUUGAGAAAGGCAUUGAGAUUUUAUAUGAAGAAGGAGCAAGAAAUUUUUGGAUCCACAACACGGGUCCUCUGGGUUGUUUACCACAAAAUGUAGCGAAAUUCGGGACCGACCCAUCGAAGCUCGAUGAACUAGGAUGUGUCACAAAUCACAAUCAGGCAGCCAAACUUCUGAACCUGCAACUUUAUGCAUUUUGCAAGAAGAUUCACGGCCAAUUCACUGACUCAAAUGUUACAUAUGUUGAUAUCUUCUCAAUCAAGUCCAACCUCAUUGCCAACUAUUCUAGAUACGGAUUUGAGCAACCUAUAAUGGCUUGCUGUGGAUAUGGAGGUCCUCCACUGAACUACGACAGUCGAAUUACCUGUGGCCAAACCAAAGUUUUGAAUGGAACUUCAGUUACCGUCAAAGCAUGCAAUGAUAGUACUGAGUAUGUAAACUGGGAUGGAAUUCAUUACACAGAAGCUGCAAAUCAUUUUGUUGCAUCUCAAAUUCUCACUGGAAAGUACUCUGAUCCACCUUUCGCGAACCAAAUGCCUUAUCUACUUAAACUCAAGUUUUAA